AUGCCGCCGAAAAAUGCGAGAAACAAUGUCAAGAUGGGGCGCGCCACGCCCUCAGGCUUGCUGGGCACGGCUACCAGAGAGCAGAUCUCGGAUUACACGAUGCUGCAAAGCAUCGCCACAGGGACCUUCGAGGACGUCAAGUUCUACCUGUUCUCUCGCCGCCGUGGAGGCUCAGGCUUCGUCUAUGCUCCUCGGCCGCUGUACGCGAACAGCGCGCUCAUCUGCAAGGCGUCGGCGCACUUCGACUUCGUGUUGUCGGCGGGGUUCUCCGAGGGCGUGGAGACGGACAUGAACGCGCCAUUCCCCCCGAACCGAAAGUCUUCUACGCAAGAAUAUGACUACGCAUUGGACAGCGACCUCGAGGACGACGGUGGGGAGGACGACGAAGACGCUGAGUGGGAUACUACUGUGCAGCCCGUCGCGCCGCGCUUGACCGUCGGGGUCACGGAUGGCGACAAGUCUUCCGGGCCCGGGGCUCCUGCAGUUGAUAUAGGACGACCCUCCUCGCCACUGUCAGAAAAGGGGGCACUCGUACCCAAGUUCCAGGGAAGCACAUCUUCACUCCAAGGUGGCAAGGAGCCCACUUCGGUCGCGGAGGACACGGACCACACAGUCGCCGUCCGCCCAUCGAACCCUGCCCGGACGAAGCCAGCUCCUCGGAAGGGUCGCGUCGUGUUCAUCGAGGAUAUCGCCUACCGAACGUGGGAGGCGUUCAUCUUCUAUGCGUACUCUGAUCGUGUCGCAUUCGCUCCUUUGACAUCACAGAGGGCUCCCUACCCUACACGCAGCCCGUUUGAACCCCCGCCCUGCUCGCCGAAGUCCAUGUACCGCCUGGCGGACAAGUACGGGAUCGAUGCCCUGAAGGCACUCGCACUUGAUGAUUUGAAAAACAAGACGACGCGUCACAACAUCCUCCUGGAGCUUUUUUCUCCCUUUACGUUCACGUAUUCCGAAGUUCAGGACGCCGAACUUGCACGUCUCCGACGCGACCAUAUCGCACAGGAUGAAGUGCUGCGGGAUAUUCCAAAGUGGUUGCAGGCCUUGGAGGAUGGGAAACGUGGGUGGUGA